UAAAUUGUCAUGGGCUUUGGACAAAAAAUUAUAAUAAGGAAACGAAAAACAGAAUCUGAGAACAGCAGUUUCAAGUGUCAGCGCUCUGCUAUACAAACAAAAAAAGUGAUGAAUAAAAAAGCUGGCCUAUAAUGAAGCGCGGAAUUUGAUCUCCCGCGCCCAAAAUGGAAACGCGGCCUUACACUGACUUGGAAUAGACCUAGUGAUGGCAGAAAGUGGAGUCUCUUCGAAACUCGGGUGUUUGCUUAUCAUUCAUUAUCAGUCUGCAAACUAAUGUUAUGGGGCCCACAUAUAAACUUACCAGAUUUACUUGGAGCAAUGAGGCCGUCGAAUCGCUCUUUGAGCAGUGGGAGGAUAAUUUGCCCGGUCUCCGGGGGGACCGCAAAAACACACAAAUCUACAGGGAAAUUGCCGAAAAAUUAAAGGACUUCGGGCCCAAUCACAAGGAAGUUAAAAAUAAAAUGGAAAAUAUGGUAAAGAGGUACAGAAGGGAGCUGGACAGGUUGGAUCCGUCAAGCGGAAGACCCUCGACGUGGGAGCACUUUGACCGGCUGAGUUACAUUCUGGAGGCCACUAAUAGAGUGGCGGAUAUUCAUUUCGAGAGCAAAGACUUCCUGAAAUUCGCGGAGGCCAGUUGUGAUAUCGAGUGUUCAGAAGAAAGCAACUCCAGUUUUGCCAUCGAAAUUUCUUUUGGGGAGCCCUCGGGCCCCCUGGCAAAAAACAGUCGCUCCGACUUGACCGAGAGGUUGGUUGAGGCGGAGGAGAGAAAGGCCGCGGCCUUGGAAAAAAUAGCCGAGGACUCCGCCAAAUUCCAGCACCGCCUGUUGCACAUCCUGGAAAGGAUUUACAGGAAGUAGUUCAUCUAGGUUAUAUCUUCCUAAAAUCUAAGCGUAUUUGUUAUUAUUUUAUAGCUCCAGUAUAAACUAUGCUAUAAGAAA